UGCUCGAACACAGGGGUUCCCUGGAACAGAGAGAUGGUUAGAGAGAGAGAGAGAGAGAGAGAGAGAAGGAUGGGGAAAAGAGAGGGAGAACAGCACAAGAAGAAAAAGCUGAAGGUAACAGGGAAACCAGGCUCUUAGGAUGCUCUGACUUUACUGCAGGAAGCCGGUUGGCGUGUGUCACUGCAGAACCGACGCUUGAAGUGAGAGGCCUGACACCUCGACAGCCUCCAAACCAGUUUGGAUUGUGUGUCAGCACCCAGCUGAGGUCCACAUAAGGACUUCCUGUCUGCUGUUAUGGGAAGUCUCCAUCUUGGUAUCAACUACUAGUCCUCUCAACUCCAUUCCUGCACAGUGUUGGCAGAAGCGUAAGCUGUGGAUUAUUAUCACUGGAUGUCCCAUGAGAUGCCAGAAGUUCUUGGCGUGUUCUGAACAGGUGAAAUCAUGAUCCUGUUGUUUAAGUGAAGUGUAUUCCAAGAGGACAAAUUCUUGUUGAAGAUUUGUGGUGGCCAUACUGCCACUGUGCUGGGAGUUAAAACGCCAGCAAAUCCCCCCACCCCCUCGCCCCUGAAUAAAACACCCAAAGCUUGUGCUUAUUUGGAACUAUGCCGUGUCCGUCUCCUCCUUCGUCACCCUACCUUACUCCCCGCUCUGUCUUUAUUGUUGGACUGGUGCUUCUGGUCCUUUGGGGGCCCCCGGAGGUCAUCUGCCAGAAUGAUACAGAGCCAAUCGUGUUGGAGGGAAAGUGUCUGGUGGUGUGCGACUCUACCCCCUCUGCAGAGCCAUCGGGUAACGCUCUGGGCAUGUCGGUGAGGUCAGGAACUGGUCGGGUGGCGUUUUCAGCCAUCCGUAACACCAACCACGAACCGUCGGAGAUGAGCAACCGCACCAUGACCAUCUACUUUGACCAGGUCCUAGUAAACGUUGGCAGCCAUUUUGAUCCAGCUCGGAGUAUCUUCGUGGCCCCUAGAAAAGGAGUGUACAGUUUCAGCUUUCAUGUGGUCAAAGUUUACAAUCGGCAGACGAUACAAGUGAGUUUGGUUCUCAACGGUUGGCCGGUGAUUUCAGCCUUCGCAGGUGAUCAGGACGUGACCAGGGAAGCGGCCACCAACGCCGGGCUGGUGAUGAUGGAGCGAGGGGACAAGGCUUACCUCAAACUGGAGAGGGGGAACCUGAUGGGAGGCUGGAAGUACUCGACUUUCUCCGGGUUUCUGGUGUUCCCCUUGUAGAUUAGAUAGAGGUAGGAUGGAAGAUUAUCUUUUUCAUUAUAAUUUGUAUGAAGGGGAGUGGUAAUAAAAUAAAGAUUGUUUUAAGGCAUAUGUUAUUUGACAGAGAGGAGGAAGUAUUAAACAAUGAGCUCCACAAUCAAGUUGGGAACAUCAAACUGCUUUGAUGCAUCUCGGUAUUGGAUGAAUCCUCAACUUCACUCUGUGCCAAAUAAUCCUGAAUGUAAUUUCCAUUUCCAUUGCACUUAUGGCUCACUUACUACUGACUAAUGUGUUGUCUGUGCUCGCUUACAGCAGGUGUCAGCCUGUCAUAUGUUUACGGUUUCCGUGCAUGAAAUACAGAAUAAAGAACAUUACGGUGUCUGUUCCCUGCCUCCUACUA